UCGUGAAUGAAGUGAGAUAUGUCACUCUCCAUGAUUGUGUGUCCGAUCAUUCUAAAGCCGUAUUAAGUUUUCGACUUAUUUCCAUUAAUGCUACCUGCUCUAGAGCCUCUGGAAACUAGGAGUUUCUGGAACAUCCUCAUUUGUUUGCCCGUUUAUUUAUUUGCACCCUUAUAUGUCGGAUUUGAAUCUUCGUUUAUUUCAAGAUUGAUCAAUUUUUAUAAUCACUUUUCAGCAUGGAUUUGGAUAGAUAAUGUUUAUUUUCGAACUCAAUAUCCGAUUAUCAAAGAAGCAUUUGGCCAAGAUUUUCCUAAUUUAAAAGAACUUGUUAAAAAUUCUUCACUCGUCUUCAUCAACUCAAACCCCUUCUUAGAAACGACUAGACCCAUUUCGAAUAAAUUUAUUUAUAUUGGAGGACUUGCAAAUGAUCAAUCAGAAGAAAACAAAAAAUUAGAUCAAAGAACUCAGCUUAUUUUGGAUCAAGCAAGUGAAGGCGCCGUCCUUUUCUCUUUUGGUUCUCUUACAGAAACAACCAGAAUUAGCAAACAUAUGUUGGAUUCAAUUAUUAACUCAUUCAAACAAUUCCCCCAAAUUCAUUUCCUUUGGAAAGUUGACAAGGAUACAAUUAAAAAUAUUUCAAAAUUGCCAAAUGUUCAUGCUUUUGAGUGGCUUCAACAACCCGCAAUUCUAGCACAUCCCAAUCUCCGUGCAUUUAUCACACAUUGUGGCCAAAACAGUAUAACAGAAUCUGCAAUUGCGGGCAUUCCAAUUAUUGGAAUUCCACUUUUUGCUGACCAAUUUUACAAUGCCGAUAUUGCACAAAAAAGGGGUCUAGGAGUUCAAAUAGACGUUAAUGAUUUAAGUGGGCCUAAUGCUGAAAAUAUUUUGGUUGAAGCGCUAAGGAGUAUUCUCUACCAACCAAAAUAUCAACAAAACGCCAAAAUAAUAUCCAAAAAAUUAAAAUUAACUCCAUUCAGCCCAACAGAAAGACUUGUAAAAUGGGUUGAAUUUGCUGCAGAAUUUGGAGAUUUGCCAGAACUUAAUUUACCUGGAGAAAAGGAAAUGAAUUGGUUUGUUUAUUAUUCACUUGAUGUUAUUCUCUUCUCUAUAAUUGUUUUGGUUAUUUUGUUUUGGGUGACAUUUAAAUGUUUUAAAUGGAUAUUAUUUGGAAUUAUUAACUUUUGGUUAACAAAAAUUGAAGAAAAAGAAACAAAGUUGAAGCAAGGAUGA